UUUUAUUCAAGAAAAAUUCUCUGGUCUACAACUCUCGGAAGCAGCCUCAGUUAUGAAAAUUUACAUCUUCUUCAAAAACUUUGUUCUUCCCAACAUUGGCGAUAUAGGAGUCGAUUCGCAUAUUCUUCCUGGUGUGUUUAUUAUUCUUGCGUGCAAUGGUAUCCUGCGCUCUAGGGGAUAUUCACAUUUCUGUCGAAAGGUUUUACCGGAGACAAAGCCAUCAACAUGACAUGCACUGACGUUAGACACGACAUCCUUAUAUCACGCGCUGAAAUCAUCUCUGUUUAACAAUAUGAAGGUCAAUACAAGUACCGGUCUCCUAAUCAACAGUGAAAUGAAAGCCAAGGCAAAUCCAAGCGAAGUCUUCGAUGCUUGUUUCAAUAUCCAGGAAAUUCAAAAGGCGUGCAGCGACAGGAAUUGCAGAUUCGACAACAGAUUAAUGAUCACUUCCUUCGGUAUAGUGCGUCUACAGGCCAUUGGGCAAUCAGGAAGUACCGCGAAGUCAGCAGUAUUACCAUCGAGUUCUAGCCAUCAACGCAAGAAACGAAAGCUAGACUCAAGUGGAUAUGAUGUCAAAAUGAAGGAACUGAACAACCAAGCAGCAUCGGCAAGAAAAAGAAUCAGUGAAAUCCGAAGAAAUGCAGCAACCCUUCGACAAGCUAUCAAAGCAAGCAAAGUUCAACUGAAACAAUGUGAAUCAAGUGAGCGACAAAGUUUAAUUGAGGAGCAAAAACAAUUAAAACGUGAACGGGACGAACACUAUAUGGAAUUAGUUGAAAAAUUAACGCUGUUGUCAAAAACAAAGAAAGAAAAAUCGGCGAUCUACCAAUUUUGCUUCGGGGAUAACAAAAACGUGCCUGUAUUAUCAUCAACAAGCUCGAUAACACCUUCGUCGUCAUCAUCAGUAAUAGUAACAGCAUCAACAUCGGCAUCAGCAGUAACAAAACCAGUUACUUACUACGGUGUGGAUCCUGGAGUGGUAACCAUGGCGAAAGCAGUAAAGAUGACCAAACACCAAGCAGGGUCAUUUCUAUUAUUAUCAAACAAGUAUCAACCGCUGGAGGACCUGCUAGAUGAAGAUAGGGAUGCCAGAAGAUCCUUACUAAAUGUCAAUGCAGUGAAAGUCAACGCCAAAGACAUAAACAACAAAUCAAGAAAUAAAUACUACCAAUGGCAACUCAACAAAAGAAAAAGCUGAACAAUCAUAAUUCGUCAACAAGGGAUAGUGUUUUGAAAAUUGAGGAAAAACUAGGGGGAGCUACUCAAAGACGUUAUAUGGAAGCUGUAAAUCAAGAUAUUAUCAUUAACGAACAUUCGUAUAGGACCUCCGUGCGACAAGCCCUCAUAAAAUUUUACC